AUGAAGUGUGGACAUGAAGAUUUAUUUAGUGGGUUUGUGCUGCUUGUAACUGUCCAAACUGUGGUUUCCAUGGUGAUUCCCAAUGCCACCCACUUAGAAGCCAUCCUGGAAAAAUACAUGGAUAAGGAUGAGACAUGGUGGCAAUCCAAGUCAAGGGGUAAAAGAGCAAUUUCACAGAGCGAUAUGCAACUGAUUCUUGACCUACAUAAUAAGCUGAGGGGUCAAGUGUACCCCCCUGCCUCAAACAUGGAGUACAUGGUGUGGGACACUGAACUGGAGAGGAGCGCUGAGCACUGGGCACACACUUGUCUGUGGGAACAUGGACCAUCUCACCUACUGACCCGGAUCGGCCAGAACCUGGGAGCUCACUGGGGCAGAGACAGACCUCCGACAUUUCAUGUCCAAGCCUGGUAUGAUGAGGUGAGAGAUUUCAGCUACCCCUAUCCACAAGAGUGUAACCCUCACUGCCCCUACAGAUGCUCUGGACCAGUCUGCACGCAUUACACACAGCUGGUUUGGGCCACAACCAACAAAAUUGGCUGUGCCAUCAAUGUGUGCUAUAACAUGAAUGUAUGGGGGAUGAUAUGGACCAAAGCUGUGUACCUGGUCUGCAAUUACUCUCCCCCAGGUAACUGGUGGGGACAUGCACCAUACAAGCACGGGACCCCUUGCUCUGCCUGCCCACCCAGCUAUGGCGGCGGUUGCAGAAACAAUCUCUGCUAUAAAG